AUGAAGAAGAGUCGCGACAGCAUGGACGAGGUGUUGGUGGCAAGGGACGGAGCCCGGUCGUCAGAAGCCCAGGUGGUUGGCACGACUCAACUCUUCAGCAGCGGCGGGGUGUUGCGCUGCGUGCCCAUGCCGACGCCCAACCCAAAAGACCCUAUGAACCUGCCCGAGUGGCGGAAGUGGGCUGCUAUCGCGACGCUCUCCUUCUUCGGAGCCCUUGCCCUCUCGGCGGAGGCCAUUGUCGGCGCCCUUGUCCCCAUAUUCGUGCUGGAGUAUGCGGGGAUCGACCCGAAGAUCCUCGGCUCUAUCGACAUCAGCUCUCUGAAUCUAGGGUCCGCGAAAAUGGACCCUAUCAAGUUGCUCUCUACCCUCGGUGGUCCGCCCAUUUCUAAAGUCGAACUCAUCUCGACUUUGCCCAUUCUUGUGAACGGUGUGGCUUCGUACAUUCUCGUACCCCUGUCUAUUGGCAUUGGUCGUCGGCCUGUUCUGCUCUUUUCUGGUAUAUUAGCAUGGACAGGCGGCUUAUGGGCGGGAAUGAGUACGAGUCUCAAUAGCCAUUUGGCUGCAAGAGUAUUUCAGGGUUUUGGUGUCGGUGCUGUAGAGGCGCUGAUCCCUCUGAUAAUUCAAGACAUGAUGUUCAUUAACCAGCGAAACACGGCUAUUUCUCUCAUCGGUGCUGGCCAAGGGCUCUUUAUCGUCAGUAUUGGCUUGACAAGUCCACUCAUCAUCACGCGGCUCAGCUGGCGGUGGAUCUAUUAUCUCACUGGAGGUGUUGGUGUUCUCGCUUGGUUCAUGAUCAUCUUCCUCGUCCCUGAGACGCGAUGGGUUCGCACUCCGGAUGAAUUAGCUGGUAAGGAAGUGUACCGUCUACGCCCCGGCGAAACGCGACCGAGACUAGACUACGCUAAGUACGGCUACCGAGACAAUAAAACGGAAUUUGGGGUCUUCAAUGUCAAGACUGAGUGGAAGCUGGCCGGCCGGUCUGUCAACGAAACCAUUCGAGCCACCUUCUUCCCCAAUGUGCUCUGGGUCAUUGCACUUAACUCGGCCUUCGUGGCUGCUAUUUCGGCCGCGACGCAGAAUGGAGCCGCCAUAAUUCUCGGUCUCGGUCUGAAAUUUGAUCAGUUGGGCUUUGUCGUGCUCCCCAUCGUAGUAGCGACACCCUUCGUCUGGCUCUUUGGUGGCUUCUUCGCCGACAAAAUCAGCAACCUGCACGCUCGACGGAACGGUGGCCGGAGAGAGCCCGAAUCCCAUCUCAUCAGCCUGGUGUUCCCCCUUGCCGCCGGUAUAGUAGGCCCCAUGUUGUUUGCCUAUGCUGGACAAAAUGCCGACCAGAAGCCCCUGAUCUUCCUGCUGGUUGGGUUCUUCCUCGUCGGAUUCGGCGGCUUGACCAUGAACACCUUAGUCAGCGUUUACUUGAUUGAAAGCUAUCCUAACUUUGCGGGGCCCGUCUUGGUCACCAUGUCCUCCUUCCGGCUCAUAGCCGGUUUCCUCCUCAGCUUCAAAGCUGCCGACUGGAUCCUAGCCAUGGGAUUUAUCCGGACUUUCCUCAUAUACAGCGGAACAAUGGCUGGCUUCGCCGUCAUGCUGCCGUUCGUGUACAAGUACGGCAAACGGAUGCGCAUGUGGAGCGCGGGCCAGCUCGAGGAGUCCUUCGGCGAAGAUAGACCCAAAGAGAAGGAGAUGGAUAUGUACGAUGAUGGUGCCUCCCAACGUGGAAGUACCCAAUUCGUCGACCCACGAAGCAUCAGUCGGCCAUAUGAUCCCAUGCGCUACGACGGAGCCCAACCUAUCCCGCAAGGCCGUGCUUUCUAA